UACAUUUUCAGAAUUACUUUAUUGACACAGAUGCCGCUUUAUUCGAGCCUUGAAACUCAUGUCAUCGGCAAGGAAUUAGAAUCGAAUACGAUUUCAGAAUCCAUACCUCCUCCUACUUUAAAAACGACCGUUAAUUAUGGAGAACUGGCUCUCAAAUAUCUAGGUGUUGACCUCUCCAAGGUUGCGUACGAUGAUUACGGUAACCCGAUUGAUACUGAUACGGAUUCAAACUCUACUGUUGUUUCUCCCAAAACUAGUACUCCAUUUAACCCUGCCCUAACAUCUAGGGAUAUCACUGCCAUCCAGGCGUCUAAAGCUAUUGUUCCCAGGGAUCCAAUUAAAAUUUCUCAACACAUUCGAGAGAUAAUUGUCACAAAGAACACAAAAUGCCACCUGGGUCUACAACUCAAACGACUCGAUGGCGGUGUGUUUGUUAGUAACGUUGAAGAUGGCUCCCCUGCUUUCCAAGCCGGUCUUCGUUUUGGUGAUCAAAUUCUGAGAGUCGAUGAAAAAUUUGUUGCCGGCAUGAAAGGCAAAGAAGUCAUGAAAUUCAUUGACAAAAAGUGUGGAACAUCUGUUUUACUUACAAUUCGUGACAGACCUUUAGGGCGUGUCUUUACUCUUACAAGGAACAGCCACGGUAUUCUUGGAAUUAUGAUUUAUAAUGGGGCUGUUGAAGAUAUUGUCAAAGGUUCCAGUGCUGAGAGGAAUGGAGUUCGAAUAAACAGUCAUCUUUGUGAAAUAAAUGGCUUCAAUGUUCUUGGGAUGAAGGAUAGCACAAUUCAGGAAAUCAUCAGAGCGGCCGGCCCUGUUGUAAAAAUUACCGUCAUUCCUGGUUUCUUCUAUAAAAAUCUAUCAAAAAUGUACUUGGUUCAACUCAAUUCAAAACCAUGGAUCGUACGCUUCCAAGGCUAUAGCCUUAAUUUAUAUUCCGUUACUGACACACUUUCUUCUCUACAGAUGUCUCUCUAUCCAAGUAUUGAAUCUCUUACGAUUGGCAAAGAAGCCGUAGCACAAAAGAACCUUGAAAAUGCAGUAAUCGCCGCCGUCAGCAGUGCACCUGAAGCAAGUGUCAGUUAUGGAGAUUUGGCUACUACUUUUCUUGGCAUCGAUCUUUCUCGGGUUGCCUAUGACGAUUUUGGCAAUCCCUAUUAUUUAGAUUCGUCAAAAUCAACUGCAGAGAAUAAUGCCAUUACUACCAGGCCUUGUGGUUCCAUUGUUCCAGUUCAAGCGGCUGGCGCAAUUGUUCCCAGAGAUUCAAUUACAGUCUCCCAAAACGUUCGCGAAGUUCGUUUACAAAAGGACAAAAGGGGCCUACUUGGUAUUCAACUUAAAAAUUUGGAUUCAGGUGUUUUCAUCGUCUUUGUCGAAAGUGAUUCUCCAGCCGCUGUUGCUGGCCUUAGAUUUGGUGACCAAGUCCUAAAGAUUGAUGAAGAAUAUAUGGCUGGAAAGAAAGGCAAGAAGGCAAUGACAUUUGUGAAGAAGCGAUGCGGAGAAACUGUUACCUUAGUUAUUCGUGAUAGGCCUUUGGAACGCGCGCUCACGCUUACAAAGGACAGUCAUGGAUCUGUUGGUCUUUUCAUUGAAGACGGAUUGAUCAAAUCUGUUGUGGAAGGCUCCAGUGCCUAUAGGAAUGGAGUUCUUACUCAUACAUAUAUUUGUGAAGUAAAUGGAAUUAACUGCCUUGGAAUGUCCGAUAAGAAGAUUCGUGAGCUUUUGAAAAUAGCUCCCGUGGAAGUAAAGAUCACACUGAUUCCCGAAUUUUACUUCGAUGAACUCACUAAAAGACUUGGAAGAUACCAAUGGAAGCGUAUGGAUCGUACCAUGCCUUUGUACUAG